ACUCAGUCACUAAACUUCAGUCAGGGACACUCUGAGGCGACGGUUUAAUAUCAGUGAAAGGGAUUCUGGAUGUUCAGAAACAGAAUCAAGAGUGAUGUAGUCAGUCCGGACGUCCGAGUCAAGUCAUGGGUUCAGAGGCGGUCGAGGACUGCGUGCAGGGGGCGCUCUCCUCCCUCUAUCCUCCUUUCGAAAGCACCGCUCCUCCUUUACUCUCUCAGGUGUUCUCUGUGCUUGAGUCCACCUAUCAGAAUGACAGUUUGAGGUAUCUGCUGGAUUUCUUCAUUCCUGCCAAACACUUUCUGCACAAAUUACAGCAGCAUGCAUGUUCUCAGUAUCUGGGUUGCCUCUUCUUGCACUCUGGUUGGCCGCUGUGUUUGGGAGAGAAGGUGGUAGUACAACUGUCCACUUUGGAUUGGAGACACCUGCGUAGUACCGACUUCUACCUACAGGUGGUGCCCUUCUCAACACGUUGCCCCCGACUGGCUCUUAAGUGCAUAGCACCUGGCGGGAGAAAUGUGCAGGAGGUGUUAGUGCCCGAGUCGCAGCACCCACUUGUGUUUACUGCAGAGUGGCUACAUUGCAUCAACAAGGAGCGUGGCUGCAAGAGAGAAGGUGGAGGCUGUUUGGACACGUGUCUGGUGAGUACAAGUGACGGAGUGGUCCGUAUUCCAUGGGAAGAGGUGGUCUACCCCAAACUCCUGCACAAUCCCUCUGACCCUCUCAAAGACAAUCCUGACCUGACUGAUCUGUCCCACCCCUCAAGGGGUCUGGGCCUCGGCUGGGGAUCCUCUUCUGGAGAGCAUGAUUCCUGGUCCUGGGAUGAAGAGGAUGACUUGCCUCCAGAUGGGGACAAGACGGAGAUUAAGACCACAUUAGAACUCCUACGCAGAAGCAGUGACCACCUUGUAGCUGAUGGCGCUGGAGAUUAUGUUGAGCUGCUAGAGCCACGGGGAGGCCCUGAUGGUGGUGCUGAUCUUAAACAGCGCUAUCUAGAGAUGCACGGCAUAUGUAAGACCAAAACACUGCCCUUAUGUAGGAGGGGCAAAGCAAUCCGGCUAAGGAGGGGUAAAGCGAGAGGGUUUGGAAGAACCGAACCUGGAGGAAGGGCUGGAGGUCUGGUACGAAGGGACAGCAACAACAAUGCAAAGGAUGAUGUUGUUUCUUGCAGGGACUUGGCUAGUUCACGGCCUCUGCCUCGUGUCAUCAAUUUGGGUUGCGAGAGGCGUUCAUACUCUCCUUUGUUUCAAGACUCAGUUGAAGGUGGUAGAGACCUAGAAGGUCUGGAAAGCAGGGCACUUUCUAUGGACAAUCCAGCCAAGGAAAGGAGGCCUGGGGUAGGAAAAGAGAGAGAUGGGACUGGGCGGACGCUGCCCUGGGAGGAGAGUCAGAUAAGGAUGCGAUGUACCACAGAUACUGAUGGUGUGGCAAAGAACAAAGCAGAUAAUCUUGAAGAGGGACAACAGGACCAAAAUGAAAGAUCACACUCUCUUUGUGAUGAUAAAACGUUGGCCAAUACUGUGAAUAGAGAAGGAGAAAGUGAACUUGCAACAUUAGAAAGUCCCAUUGGUGCAUAUAAUGGAGGAAUUCCAAUGGCUGUUCUUGGGGAAACCGAAAAAACAAAAAGGCAAUUGGCUUGUGGGACGCCACUCCCAGAUUCCUGCCUGAACAGUCAGUCUGACUCAUCAAACUGUGAUCAAAGAAAAACCAAGCACACACAAAACAACAAAGAUCAGAAAACUAAUAAAAUUCAGCUACCUUCAGGUACUGUGAGUGCCACAGGAGAAAAGCAUAUUGGGAAGUUGGAGAAUUGUGUUUGUCCCAGAGGAAAAGAAGUAAAAACUGGAGGAUUCAGAGCACCCAGGAGGAAAAGGAAAGCCAAAGGAGGCAAAGGGAAAGUCAAAUCCAAUUGUGUCGUCCCACAAAAAGGCAAGGGUGAUAACACAGCCCCCAAAGACCAGAUCAAAGCAACCCACCCAAGUGUCUCAACUAAAUUGACACAAAACAACUGUUCUAUCAAACUAGAGGAGGCUUCUCAGCUUUCAGAAGUUAGCAAAGGCUGUGUACCAGUCACUUACACAGAAACAGAUGCAGAUUUAAAUGCCAAAGAAUGCCAAUCUGGCACAUCAUUUUUAGACCAAACCCCAAAGGAGACGGUUUUAUCUGUAUCUGCUUCUAAUUUGGAAUUAAAAUGCCCCCCUCCCCUCCUUCGAGACUUAGAUUUGAAUCUGUUGCUAUCAGGAAAGCUAAUGUUAACAGGCACCAUGGACAGACUGGGGCGAGCAUUGGUUGUUACUGAAAGUCACCUCCCAGAGGAUGGGUGGAACACAGAUGAAAUGAUCAAAGUAUUGUCCUGCUAUUACACCAUCACCAGACCUAUGGCUGGAGAGAAGGGCCUUACUGUGAUAGUGGACUGCAGAAAGUCUGCCCUUUCUGAACUCUGUCUCUCUGCACUGAAGCUUUUCAAGGGUCAAGCUGCAGAAGGACUUGACUCAGUUCUUAUUCUAACUGAAGAACAAGAAGAAGAAUCAAUCAAGCCUUGUCUGGAUGGAAUAGAGUUGCAUACAGUGCGAGGUACUGGCAUGCUUCAGCUGUUUGUGGACAAGCAGCAUCUCCCCAGAGAGAUGGAUGGAGACUUUAACCACUCACAGGCUGACUGGCUUGCUUUCAGACUGAGUCUGGAACAGCUGACAGAGAGGUGUGACAGCGCCCUCACCCUGCUGGGAGACGCACUACAGUCUAUGGACACUGAACCACUUCCUGACUGCAUUAAGAAUGUUCCCCUCAGUGUUGACAAACACAGACAGUUAAUGACAAGCAUCCUCACUGACCAACGGCUGACAGAGCUGCAGCGGAGGGGCGGGGCUUGGCUGGCAGGUCUGUCCAACGGGAUGUCAGGGUUGGCGCAGCGAUCACCAGACUGCAAAGCUGCUUUGGCAGUGACCUCAAACCUGUAUGACAGCGUUGAUGAUGCGCUUCACCGCCUGGUGCGUGUGUCCAAUCAGAGGGGUCAUGACCUGGAAGCACUGGGGAGAUUGGCUGCACUUGUCAAUAGACUGGACAAGUGUGAUGGGGAGAUUGAGCAUGUGCAGGAGCAGUUAGAGGACUAUAAACAUCCUCCUCUGUCUCUCAGCAGACUGUCAAUCAAACAGCAUAAGUUCAAGGGCUUCAGAGAGUCUGCUAUGGAGCUUCACAGUGAGACUCUGGGUUUGCUAGGAGAGGUGGAGAGCUGGUCGGAGCUGGACUGGGCUGGUCUUAGGGCGGUGCUGGACAAACUCCCUCCAAUAAGGGAGAAAGUGCGCGACAUGUCUCACUGCCUGUCUGACUGCUGGACGCAGCUGGACAACACACAGAGACUACUGUCCACACUAUCUGAGGCAUCUCAGUGGUGUGAUGUGGUGUCGUCCUCCUCUCCUUCCUCGUCCUCGCCCACGCCUCUCUCCUCUCUUCCUCCCAUCCCUCCGUCUCGUUUCCAGGACGCUCGCGCUCUUGCAAUGGAUCUUGGCGGAGGGGCUCUGCUGGAGCUCUGGUCACAGACUCUGGAGCGCUAUCAGAAAACACUAGCCCAGUUUAAGAGCCGAAUCCUACAGGUGGAGAGGGGCCCAUCAGGAGCCCAGGACUCGGACUUGAGCGGACGAGGGAGGACACCCGCCCCCAGUACGUCCAGUUUGGGGGAGUUAGAGGGUGAGAUGGAGCCGGACUGGUGCUCUGGAGGAGGGGGAGAGGGCGGCAUGCAGUCUUGGGGUUCGCUGGCAUCUCUCUUCCGGCCGCAGAACUGCUCAACACUGAAGUUGGGAGAGGAGAAGAAGAAAGAGGCGGUUAAUCCAGGAGGAGGAAAGUUUUUGCAAAACCUGCUGCAUCCCGCCAAGAAAAGCCCCACAGACGUGCCUCUCCCACCCAAACCCCGCAAGCGUCACCCCAGUUUUGACCUUCAGGCUCUUCUCGCCCCACGCCGUUCGGCUGCCGUGACGAAACCCGCGGAGUCUAUUUCAGGUCAGUCCUCUCCGCUGUCGUGGCUGGGCCACCGGUCACUGAUAGACCCGAUCCUCACAGCAGGGGUGGCAGCGGCCGUUCCGGGCUGGAAGGAGUCUGCUGGAGGAGCAGGAGGAGGAGGAGUGCUCAUCAGAGGAGUGGAGGUCAGCAGUAAAGAGGUGGCAGAUCAUACAGGCUUCACUCGUCAACAUGUGCUGCUCAGCCGCACUGAAAGAGAGACAGGACUGGAGAGAGCCGGAGUGACCGCACAAAGCAAGCUGUACUUACAGUGGUGUCGUCUGGUCAGCACAGAGAGGCAGUAUGUAGCUGUUCUUAAAGGUGUCGAGGAGAAUUAUCUGCCUCUGCUGGAAUCUUCAGACGUCCCGUCGGCUCUUAGAGGAAAGACAGAGUCACUCUUCUGUAACUGGAAAAGCCUCUCUUCUUUCCACUCACAGUUACUGCUGCCUGCCAUGGAGGGCGCUCUAUCCCAGACAUUACAGCAGACCGACUGCUUCAGUAAAUACAAGGAUCAGUUCCUGUUAUAUUCCCACUAUAUCCGUAUGAGACCUGAGCCGGACGCACUGCUGAUCAGCCAGUCUGCAGAUUUCUUCAGGUCAAAGCUGUCUUCCUCUCUUGUUCCUGCCCCUCCGUUUCCUCAGUGUCUCUCAGCCCCCAUUCAGAGACUGGAGCAGUACUGUCAGACACUAGAGGAACUGGGCGGUCUCAAUCCCACCUCUGACUCCGCCCUGUCUAUUCUAAGACACGCCCAGAGACACGGAGAGGAUCUGCGUGCCAGUGAUGCAAUCACGGGGUGUCCGAUACCAGUGGCGGAGCUUGGAGACCUGGUACGACAGGGUGAGCUGUGCGUGUGUAGCGGAAACCGAAGGAAAAAGACGGGCAUGAGAAAUGUCUUCCUCUAUCAGAAUUACGUUAUCUUCACCAAACACAAAAUACCCAACCCUGGAUGCAGCGUGUACAGCUUUAAACACAGCAUAAAGACUGGUGAGAUGGGUCUCACUCAGAAUGUCGGUGAGGACGGCCUGAAGUUUGAGGUGUGGGUGAGACAGGCAUCUAGAACCAGGGACUGCCUCACUCUCCAGACCUCUAGUGUUCAGGAAAGAGGAGUCUGGACUCAUGACAUCGCACAGCUGCUCUGGACUCAUGCCAUCCAUAAUACAGAGUUGUGUCUGAAGGAGUCUCUGUGUAUGGGGGUUUCCAGUAAGCUUCUACUGGAUGUGACUGGUGCUCAAAUCUCAGAACUAGACUCCAGUUUCAGCCUGAACGACAGAGUUCAAAGCAGCUGUUCAGACUCAUCUUCUGUGGGCAGCCUGAAAGAGGGCGACUCGCCCGCCUCUGCAAGGGAUUUAAAGAGAAACGCCGAUCAAACAGGACACACUCAGAACACUUCACCAUCGACCUCAGUGUGAACAUCCCCAAAAAGGAAAAAGACAGAAUGGGUGAUGUUUCAUUCAGCUACAACUCAAACACUGUUGCUUCCACUUAUUUACAACUGGGACAACUGGACAUAAACUGGACCAUGUGGGACUGAAGCCUGGAGCUCGCCUUUUCAUUUAUUUGCUCUUAUUAAUUUCAGGUACCGAAACAAAGCACAGUGGCUUCUACCAAAAUAAAACAAAACAACAACAACUAUUGUGAAGUUGAUAUUAUAGUCAACAUGAAACCAAAAUGGGCCCUUGGUCUUAUUGUGCAUGAUUUAUGAGUGCAUGUUAUUCCCUCUUUUCUUGCAUUGAAUAUGUUGUACACAUUAUGGAAGUAAAAUGGUCUGCGAAUGGCAUUUCAUGAAUUGAAGGUGAAUAUCUGUGAGUGUGCUUGUAUUUGUAUAACAAUAAGAAUGAAAUGAAGCAUUGCUCGUGUUGUUCACCAAAUAUGCUCUUAUAUAAAGCAGUUACAUGGACCUUCAUGAAGUUAUUGCUUUAUUUCAAAUGUUUUAUUGCUGCAGGUAUGGACCAAAUCCAAACCAAAAACAAAGUCAUGUGUUCUGCAAGAUUUGGCCAAAUGCACAUUCUUGAAAUAUUACAAGUAGCAGUAUUUCUGUAAGCGAAGAUGCUUUUAAGAUAGUUUCCUUUUAUUUCAGCUUAUUUUAAGUGGCACUUUGUGAUAUUCAAUCGGGCUAAACCGUGUAACAUUUGUAUAUGAAACUUGGCCUGUUGUAUGUUUUUGGCUGAGGGCACAUCUGGUAUUUCAGCUGAGGCCCAUCUCCAUAUCGCAGCAUUGAAAACGAGGGAACAUUUUCUUCUUUCUCCAAAACACUCUUUUAUUGCCACGGCCAAUCGGAGAGCCAAAUCCCGACAUGCUUUUCAAAAGAGAGACAUUAUGGAUGGAGUGUUUUAUGAGUUAUGUAAUUAGUUAACCCGCCUUAAUCUUACACAGUAUUAGAUGCUGGAACACUAAUCUACUCAAAGGAACUGACUUCAGCUUUGACUCAAGCAACUGUAAUCCACUUCUGAAUUUAUGGCAUCUGACUCUGGAAAAUCAUCCUUUAUAAGCUUUUAUUUCAAAUCAGUCUUGUGUAACAUAUUUAAGAUGGUGGAAACUCUGUUUUAUUUUACUCAUAAAGCCAAAGAGUUAUUGCUCGCCUCGAGCUAAAGACUUUUCCUUCUUGCCUUAAGUUGUUAAAUUAUCUUGACAUCCUGAUACUUCCCUAGGAAAGACAAAUCACACUUACACUCUCUUGAAUAUCUCCUAGACGUCUUAAAUUCGAGAAGUGGAGUGCCCGUCUGUGCGCGUUUAUGGUGCGUGCAUCUAUCACUGACUCGGCACCAUCUGCACAACAGACGGUACAAAACAAAUAAUGUUCAGUGAAAAUUCAAAUGAAGAACGCGAUAUAUUCAUUUGGAACUAUAUCAGAUUGCAGGGGGAUUUUUUAGCCCAGAGCCUCCAUUAAUCUCCGACCCGGGAUGAAACUAGAGAUGGAGAUGAGAGAUGUAACAGGUGUUUAAGUGUCUCUCUUCAUCAUGCAGCUGGGACACAAAGUAUGUUUGAUAUUUCUGCCUUUCUUUUAAAUGUGCUGCAUUAUGAAAAAUGAGGGAGCGACAAGAUAUGAAAGGCGUUCGCAUGACGCGCUUGCAAUGUUAACAGCUUUGUUGAUUGUAAGCAGGAACGAUGUAGUUUAAUCGCGCUGCUCGCUUACGGAGACAUGGUAUAACACCAUGUAAAGCAGUUCAGUGGAAAGGAGGAGGCGAGAACCGGCUUGACGACAUAAAUAAUAUUUUAAUGAUAAACUUAAACCAAAGACAAACAAACACACAUGACGGACAUGUCCGUAAACGAUUUCUCUCUCCCGCACCAUCCUCCGCAGUCGGCCUUUAUCCCUCUCGGAGGCUUGAUUAUCCUGAUAAGGGACCAGGUGUGUAGAAUCAUGACCCGGCCCCGCCCUCCGCCCUGCCACAUUCCUCCCUCAUUCUCUCAGGCUGGGGAGCCCCCAGCAUGACGUACACCUCCCCCCCUCUUUCCCUGGGAGGGGCAUCCCUUUCGCCCCGUAUGCUGGCAGGUCAUACCCAUCUACCUGGAUGAGAGAGGUGACAAGGGGAGGGAAACAGAAAUAAUACAAAUGGGGGGUACUUCCUGUAAUGGGAAGUUCCUGUACCCACCCCAAAAAACACUGUAAAAUUUAAACGAGAGGGAAAAGACCAACGCGGAGCGGCAGUGAGAGAGAUGAGAAAAAAACAGUUCUCUGAUACGCCACUCCUCCACCCUCUAACGGACGACAGCCGCACCUCUCCAGGUGGAUCGGAGGCAGUCCUCCAGCCCCUGGCGGACGGAACCCCCCGCCGCAUUCUCAGGGAACAGAAGGGGUCUCCCCCACCCCUGGCAACGGUUCUCCCGCUCCAGGCGGUCGGCAGCGAGCCCCUCCCCGCUCACGGUCGGUGGUCUCAGACCCCGCCGCGUUUCAGUGUUUUCAGUUAGGAGCCCCUUCUCCCCUCGUAGUCGGCAGCUGUUCCUCCGCUUCCAGGAGGCCGGGCUCCUCGUCCCCCGGCAGAUGGCCAUGGCUGCUCCGUAGGGGUGGACGGUAGUGGCAAGAACUCUACUAUGGCUUAUCCCUCCUCCUUCCCCGAUUUCGGCACCAGUGUAAGGUAGCUCUCCCGCACCAUCCUCCGCAGUCGGCCUUUAUCCCUCUCGGAGGCUUGAUUAUCCUGAUUAAGGGACUGGUGUAGAAUCACUACCUGGCCCCGCCUUCCACCCUGUCGAAUGAACAGGUUUAGAAAUGUUUAUACAUCUGUAAUAUCUUAAGUUCAGCAUCUAUCUAACACUUUCAGAUUUGUUUUACUGAUUUGUUCAUCUGUAUCUAUUGGUGUAGUCAUUUGCAGCUGCACUGUAAAGUGAAUAAAAGUGUGCAGGAAUCUCCCGCAUUAUGAAUGUGGAAAUUUUAGGAAUUAUUAAAAUUGUGUGCAAUAGCCGCAAAACCUGCGCUGAAUUACAGGCUCUGCAAACGGUUUUAUUUUAAAAUAUUAAAGAUGCCCUGGUUCCACUCCUUUAUAAUUUCAUUAUACACUAAAUAAAUAAAUAAAUAAAUAAAUAAAUAAUGACUCUGCAAUCUGCUAAAUGAAUGCAAUGUAAUGCUGCGUCAAUAGCAUCAUUUUUUUUUCACUCUUGUCAUAUACUUCAAGGCGGCCAAAUCAAAGGUCAUCGCAGCCAACUUUGGCCCUAGUUUGGGCAUCUCUGGUCUAAAUGAUUCAGUGACUAAUUAAUGAAGCAAAAUGUUGUUGACUUUUGUAUCGAGUGAUCACAAAAGCACGUUUCUAAAAACUGUAUUUUGUGUGCGUUUAUAGCUUCAUGCUUUGAGUGUCCUCCAUAAUUUAUGCAGUUCAGAAGAUGAAUCCUGUUGAGAAAGAUGGAUCGCUUUGAAACGAGUGUAGGACUCAAAACCUGUAGAGAACCCAAACCUGCGCAACUGUGGGUGGAAAGUACCGUAUCUACAGCACUCAACCCACAUUCAGACUAAAAAUACUCUCCGCAGCGGGGCGUGUACGAUCCAACUCUCCAAACCAUAAAUACCUUGGCGUGAUUCAUAGUUUUGAUUGUAAACAGGACUGUGUGCCAAAGAAACGAGCUGUCUUUAGAAGCCUCAUCUUUAUGAAUGUUUACAUUUGUUUAAUGUCUGAUGUUUGCAUGCUACAUCUCAACCAUGUUAACUUUGUAACUGAUUUAAUUGCCUUUGUGUGUUUAAUAAUAAUUAU